CCUCCUCCUCCCCCAGGUCCAAGUUCAGCCCCACCUCCACCCACUCCAGGACCCACUCCUGGUUCUAAUAAAGCUACAGAGCCAGCCCCUAUUACGUUAAGACUACCUGAAGACGAGCAGCCAUCAAAGUCAAAGAUGGGAAAGGGUGGUUUUCAAAAGAAGAAAGCUAUCUCUAAAUCAACAGCUGAAAAGCGUUUACAACAAGAGACACAGGCGAUGUCUUCAGAGGAAAUCACUGCUGAUAUAUUUCUUGAUAGUGAACAAGUAGCUGAACAAGAGACUGAAGCCAUAGACAAGAGCAUGCCUUUGACUGAGAGUAGCAACCUACUGAUUGCCCUGGAUAAGAAGAAAGAAUUGGGAGUGUCCAAGUCGGAUGUUCGUCCCACUGUGUUCCAACCCGAGCAACUUUUGGCCCAGAAGAGACGCCUCAGAAGUGUCAGCACAAAGGCAAGAUUUAAUCCAGUUAAACUGGGUCGGCGAGACAUCCUGCGUGACUAUGACUGGAACAUGGACUUCCUCCCUCUGCCUGCUGUGUCGGACUCGAUACGCAACGAAGCAGUAACAUCAGACCUUGUCUCCCUGGACUUCACGGGCAUAGAACAACUCACCGACUGCCUUUUCUUCAUGUUCAAAUCUACAAGAUCAAAAUUCCCCUCCAUGCAGAGGUUCAUUACGAAUGGGUGUGUUCAUUUCAGUGACCAAGGGCUGUCAUGGGCUGCGGAGCUAUUUCCGAAAUUAUUAACGGCAGAGUUUUACGGAUGUCCUAAGAUAACGGAGAAAGGGAUCUAUAUGUUGGCCAAGAAGUGUCAUAAGCUGAUCAACCUGUCGAUAGUUGGGACUGGUGUUUCCAAGCUGCCAUCACAACUAUGUGAAACGAAGGUGUCCCAGGUGAAGGUGUGUGCCUGUCCUAUCAUCUCGGGCUCCCCCAGGUUUCCCAUGACCCCAAGUGUUGCAAGUAAAGAUGAGGGAGACAAUGUAGAAUAUGUGAACCUCCCCAACUACAAGAUUGUGUUGCUACGGGAUGUGGACAUAGACGUCAGCGUGACGUCGCUGCUUACUGGCUCCACCAAUCAGAAGCCUUCCCCUGGACUAGUAUACACGAAGGAUUGGUCACCUGACCCGGGGAUGAAACAUGAAGGCAAAUUCAACAUAUUGGAGAUCCCCGCAGAUAGUCCCCUGGGGGACCCCCUGCUGAGCCCUGGAAGCAUCGUGGUGGUUGCCUACACGCCCACAAAGACUGACCCUGCUGCCCUCAACCUCCGCCUGGCCAGAAGGGUGGCGGCUGCUUUGUCCAAGUGUCGUGACAUCGUGGUGACGUUGUUGGCUGUACAGUCCGGGAAGACAGCCGUGUCAGCAGAGGACAUCUUGACUAAAGUGAAAGAGAGGCUGCAGAACUGGAAGAUGGCGAUCUACAAUCAGCUGGAUUAUCUCAUACAACGAUCCUGGCGCCUGGAGUGCACUGACUUUGUGGGACAGAUCUCCAUGGCAGCCGGAGCAGCAGACAAGGAGGCGCUGAAGGAGCUUCAGGAGAAGGACCUCCUCACAACACUCUCCGUGAGUCAGACCGCCCCGGAUGCGGCAUCGAUCAGCAGCUCAAUCUACAAGUCCCUGGCGUCUAUGAAUGCCCAUUUUCCGUGGAUCUUCAACAAGUAUGCCAAGGAGUCAUUGGAUGCAUUGACGGAAAUAAGGCCGCGAACCUACUGGAACUUGGAGCGGGUCUUCUACAAUGUUGCUGAUGACACGAAGCGAUUUCUUAAUCCCCACAACAGUUUCCAGCACAUUUCGAAGUUGUUGCAACUGCAAAAUACCAUGGGGUUUGCACUGUACUUCCCCCACCUGAAGGCGAGUCCCUGUGUCACAGACCUGCCUCACUUCGGGGAGAUCCUGCAGCAGUUCCUGUCGAGCACACCACCCCAGAAGACGAGCAUCAAGUGCCUGGGAUCAAACAUCCCAGCCUGGGAAUCAAGUCAGCUUAGUAAAUACCUGGAGUCCUUUGUCAAUCCAACUCAGGCUGAAGGCUUGCUCCAGCUCCUCCUUAAGCUGGGUCUCAUGUUGCCGUUCCCUGCCACAGACAGCUCCUCACAGUGCUACGUCCUGACGUCUCAUCUUCCCACACACCCUGCCGUGGAGCUGUGCCAACUCUGGGAGGACGUCUGCCCACACAGCACACUCCAGGGCCAGAAGUUCUACACAUUCCUGCCUGGCCUCCCACAGUCCUUCUUCCCAGUCUUCAUCAGACAGUGUAUGAAGGUGUUUCCCCCCACUCUGUUGUGGAGGACCGGGGCUGUCUUCCAGCAAGGGCCUGUGUGGGUGCUGGUGGAACUACAGACUAACAAGGGCACCGAUGUAGAUGGGUCGCCGGUGAUUGUCCUCAGUGCCCGUCUGCCAUGUUUAACCACAGCCAACCACACAACGACAGAGUUCUCACGAUCAAGCCUCUUCGCAACUCUCAACAUUGUCAGUCACUGUGUGGAGUUUCUCAUCCGAAAGUUCAAUGUCUAUGCCUAUGUGACGACACCCUGUCGGAGCUGUUUUGCUGGGAAGAGUCACGAGAUGGCGCUGGAGAGAACACUGAUUUACCAUUUCAGUGCAGCCAUUGUCUUGGCCGGGCACGACCGUGGACUCCACUGUAAAUACGAGAAAGAGAAGAGUAACGCAAAGAAACGAGCUGACAAACUGACGCUGCUUGGAGAAGACAUUGCCAGUAUCGUCCCCUACCACAACUACAGCUACCUCGCCGCCAUCAACCCUGUUGUCGAGACAGGGGACCCGGGAGAGGAUGUUGUGGACGAGGGGUCUGCUCGCCGGAGGAAGAUCACUGUCAGUCCUCGGAUAGACAGGUGCUGUGUGUGUGAUGUCGGCCGGAUGCUGCUGUGUCAUCACUGCGGUAUGUGUCGCAGUUGCAUCUCCCAUCUUGCGGAAAUAGAGAAUUAUGUGAAGCCAAGUUUCCUGGGCCCCCACCAUAUUGCAAUGCGGGAUUUAUCGCGAAUAAAGAAAGAGAAUAUCAGAAAAGAUGGCCACUUUAUUCUGCAAAAUCACAUCAAAACAGGCCUCUCUGGGUGUAUGUUGUGGCCGAGCAAAAGCAUUGAAUAUCACCUACUUCACCCUCUAACGCCAACAUACUUCAAUACAGUUACAUUUGUGCCAAUCAUUGGAAGAGAUCUGAGCCUGAGGCUGACCAUGAAGGGCCUUGAUGAUCCUGUGGUGUACGACUUCAUGUUGGGCACCAUCACUGACACAGAUCAGGAAGAUGAUGAGAGCUGGAAGUGUAGAGAUGGCUGCCCGGUGCAACUGGAGAUGAUGGAUGCUAAGGAGGCAGACAUGGUCGAUAUCGUCAUCAGUUUGUGUGGGCAAGAGAUCUGGCGGAGAGCAUACAGAUGUUCAGAAGCCUUCGUCAUACUGAGUUCGAAAGACUCAGGAAGCGUCAUCAUGCAUGCACCUUGUAUAAAGUGGCGCCAAGGGCCUCGGUAUGAGACUGGUAUGCAGGUCGCCAUCAUGACCCAAGACAAGCAUGGCAUGGAGGGGGUCAGGGUCGCAGAGGUCGGAGUUCCAGACACCAACUCAGCUGCAGGAUUUCUCAGGCUUACUGCUGUACACACGCCUGUGACAGACUUCCUGGUGAAGGUCGUAACAGGGAACAAGGUCGACUGCGGUACAACGGCCAACGUCUUCAUCCAGCUGAUCGGCGACAAUGCAGUGACAGAUAAAAUACCCCUGAAGAACACAUCAGACACAUUAUUCCAGAGGAACUCCGAAGAUGAGUUCAGGAUCUCGACACCAGACAUCGGGACCUUCACCAGCAUCAGGCUCGGCCAUGAUGGCAUGGGGAAGGAGGACAGCUGGUUCGUGAAGAAUGUCGUCAUCAUCACCCCCAUCCUGGAGUUUGCCACCAACUUCAACUGCAACUGCUGGUUCUCAGCCCACAUGCAGGACAAGCAGGUGGUCCGGGUUUUCUAUCCUCAAAGCAGCCAGAUGAAGGGUACCCUGAAGGAAUACUACAGCCCACUGAGUGACAGCAUUCAGCCUCUGUCUCUGCAGCAGUGGAAGGACAUCACAGGACACAGCGGUGACAUAGAAAAGGGCAGUGCUCCACGUUUGGCUCCAACUUGGCUGUUCUAUGAAACCCAGAUGCAUAGGGAUUAUCGAGCCUACCUCACAAGCAACAUCCCCAAUGUCAACGAUCUCAUCUUGCCCUGCACUGAAGUGCCUCUACCAUCAGUUGUGUGGUGUAAGAUGAUGAAGAUGAGAGACAAGCUGGAGAGGAUCCUCUUCCAGUAUGAGAGCUUUGACUUUUCAGGCAGCUCCAGUGUCCUGCUGCCGCAGGAGGUGACCGAGAAGGAAGCUGACUGGCCGUCACCGCAACUGAUGACCAGGCCCACCAACAUGCACCCACUCUGCUAUGUCCGAGGUGACAUGAGCACGGUAGUGACGCUGCGGCCGACGUACACUCUGCCGGACUAUAUGAGGCCAUUCUGGGCCUUGCAUCUCAUCAGCACCCAGGGCUUUCCCUUUGACCUUGACCCCAACAGCACCAACACUGUGCCUGUCAUGUGGGCGUGGCACUUUGUGCUGUCACUCAACAAGCAGUUCAAGCUGCCAGAUUAUACAGAAGUGUUCCUGAACUCGGACUCUCUGCCAUCAUCUGACAAGGUGGUGUCCCUGCUACAGUUCUACCUCACCCAGAUGUGUUACCGCCUCUUCCUCACUCUGGAUCCUGACUUCUCACUGGAGUACUUUGAUGAUGCCGACGCUGUCACUCAGGCAGUUGGGUCAGUUCGCUUCCCUGUCCUCGAGAACUUUGACAAGGCAGGGCUUGAGAAGAUGAUCACCCUGUUUGGCGAGGAUGAGAUUUAUCUGUGUGUGUCUCACUACAAUGCAUGGCAGGCUAAUAAGGAGCUCACUGAAGUCCCGCUCCCAAAGAUCAGCGACUACUCUGCCUACAUGCUCUCCCUCCAUCUCCAGGGCAACCAGCUUUCCUCUAUUCCCAAAAAACUCUUUGAGCAGCUCCCAAACCUCCUAGACUUGGAUAUUUCCACCAAUCUAAUUCUAGACAUUCCUGAGGAAAUCGGUCUGUGUACGAAGAUGUUGAAUCUUUCAUUGCACCGUAACCAAAUCCGUCAUAUUCCUGAAAGCAUCACAAACAUGACCCAGCUGAACAGGCUGGAUAUCAGCAACAACCUUCUGAAAGAAGUCCCAGCAUGCAUCUGUAAGUUGACGAAGCUCGUCUGUUUGUACAUGAGGACAAUGCAGCUGACCUCGCUGCCUGACGAUAUAGGGAACCUGACUCUUUUGGAGAAGUUUUAUCUGAACGAGAACGCCAUAUCAGAGCUACCACCUAGCUUCACUAAACUCACUAACUUGAAGGAGCUCUCUCUGAAUGGAGUAAGCUGGGUCAAAAUCAAGGCCAACACUAUUCUGUCCAAGAGAAACUUUGAGAAUACACUGAAGGCAGCUAAUCUCCAACACUGGCUGGACAGGAAUGAACAGGACAGGGCAGCAAUUUUCCAGUACUUCGAUGAGAACACCAAUGGAACGCUGGAGCCAGCGGAGAUCGGGAAGCUCAAUGCAACCAUCUUCUUCACCUUUCCAAGAUUCGGGUUCAUGGGCACUGAGCCUCCAGAUGAGGACACGCCGUGUGGGUUCCCAGAGGAGCUGCUGUGCCUGGAGAGCUUGGAGUAUCUGAGUCUGCAGUACCAAGGCAUCGUGUCGGUCCCGGAGGGCAUCAGCCGACUUAAGAACCUGAAGGUCCUGAACCUGAGCCACAACCCAUACCUGCUGUCCAUCCCCGCUCAGACCGGCAGCCUGCCUCUGAAACGACUUGAGCUUGAAGAAUGUCCAAUGCUGAAGACCCCUCCCAAAGAGAUCCGAGCCAAGGGAUUCUCUGCCACAUGUGCCUACCUGCGCCGUCUUCUGAGCGGAUCUGUGGAAUGUCGGAAAACGAAACUCAUGAUGGUAGGCCUCGGAGGUGCAGGAAAAACCAGUCUGGUGAAGGCGUUACUGAGCGGCAGCCACAAGACGAAGCUGAGUGUUGGAGAGGACAUCACGGAUGGUAUUGACAUCUGUCCGUGGACCGUGACGACCGACGAGGGUCAGGUGACGUACAGCGUGUGGGACUUCGCCGGUCAGACAGUGUACUACAACACGCAUCAGUUCUUUCUGUCCGACCGAUCCAUCUACAUGCUUCUGUGGAACAUCCGACUGGGGCACGAACAUGCUGGACUCGACUUCUGGCUCAGCUCCAUCUCCGUGCAUGCUCCCAAGGCUCCCAUCUUUGUUGUGGGAACUCACGUUGACCAGGUGUCCAAGGUGGAGAUUCCAGUGAAGGAGAUGCAGACACGGUAUCCUCGCAUUGCCGGCUUCCACUUCAUAUCCUCUCACUCGGGACAGGGUGUGAAGGAGCUGCAGGACCAUCUCCUGGAUGUGACCCUGCAGCAGCAGUACAUGGGGGAGAAGAUCCCCGGGGUGUGGCUCAGCUUUGAGGAGCAGAUCAAGAGCCUGAAGGACAGCAGUGUGAUAGAGUACAAGGACCUGGAGAAGAAGGCCCACAUCUCAGGGAUCUUCUCCCAGUCCGAGGUGUCCCAGGCGGUCCAGUUCCUCCACGAGCUUGGGUCCCUGCAGUACUUCACUAACGACUACCUCAAGUCCUACGUGGUGGUCAACCCACAGUGGAUCGUCGACGUCAUGGCGUGUGUUGUCUCAGUCAAAGACUCCCAUAUCAAGGAUGGUCGCCUGAGACAUGAUGAGAUACAGAACGUAUGGCGAGAUUACCCAGAAUCCCUCCACAGUUGGAUGCUGCGAUUGACGGAGGAGUUUGACCUGACGUUCCAGCUGGCAUCAGAAGAGGUCAACCUUGUGCCCUGCUUGCUGCCAGAGAGACAGCCCGAGUUCAGCUGGCCGGAGAUUGAGAAGAAUGGAUCCAGUCGUGAAACCAAGAUGGUGUACCGCUUUGACUACCUGCCUGCUGGACUCUUCAACAGGGGCCAGGUCCGUCUGCACCAAUUCAGUGACAGUGCCAUGAUAUGGAAGAGGGGCUCAUUCCUCCGGAAGAACAAGCAUAUAUGUCUCAUACAGCAGACCAGGGAGUCGGAGCUGAUUGUCCGAGCCCAGGGUCCGCGGCCCGAGAACAUCGUGUUCCUUGUCCACGAGGUGUUCGAGACGCUCAUCAUGGAGUCCUUCAAGGGCGUGACCUACGACUACCUCCUGCCCUGCCCCGACUGUCUGAAGCUGGUGUUGAAGGAUCCCCACAUGUUCGCAGCAUCCACCAUCAGACGGGCGACAGAGCUGCGGGCGCCAUUCCUGCAGUGCCUCAAGUACUUCCACACCAUCUCCCUCGUGGAACUUCAGGGAAUGAUGCCGCCUGACUCCCACGCCGCCUAUGACAUCCACCUGGUGCAGGCUGUGCAGGGGCUGAAGGAGCUGUCCAAGGACUUGGUGGCAGAUAUCUUUGUGUCCUACUGCGAGAAGAAUGCACCUGAGGAUCGGACCAAUAAGAUCAUCAUCCACCCCUCUACUGUGUGCAGCGACCUGCAGAAGGCGAAUUAUAAAUGCUGGUACCAGGAAGACGCCCACACAUACACCACGGAUGAGAUGGUCAAGGCAUUGAUGGACUCUGGGGUCAUUCUCGUCUUCAUCUCUAACGAGUAUGUCAAUGAUGAGAGUUGCUGUAACCUGUUCAAAUACGCCCGGCUGACGCUGCGGAAACCCAUCAUCCUUGUCGUGGUGGGAUCCGGCAUGGAGUGGAAGUCCAGCAGACUUGGGAUUCUGCUGGCUGAUGAGGUGUAUGUGACCAUGCAGAACCCCGAGAGGUACACAUUCAAGUUCGACGAGUUGGUGAAGGUGUUGAAGGUCAGGGUCAAGAAGGAGACCGAGGACCAGGACUUCCCCCCAUGUUUCAUCAGCUACUGUUGGCAGAACUCGGCUGAGGCUGUUGCUAGGGGGACAAGAUCCACACAAGGUGCUGUAGGAUUUGGUGAUCCACGCGCUAUCAAGAAAUACCUCGAUGACCAAGGGAUCCAGUGUUGGCUGGAUGUGGAACGGGUUGGCCUGCAUGGCCUCUUUGAGGAUAUCGCGGAGGGUCUGCUCAAUGCUCGGGUUGUGAUUGUGUGCGUCUCCGACCAGUACGCUGAAUCAGCAAACUGCGCCAUGGAGUUCCGCUACGCAGCCAACACUCUCAAGCUGCCUGUUGUCCUCGCUGUAGUGGGGACCGGAAACAACUGGAGAGCAUCAGAGAUUGGUGUCCUGUCUCUGAAAUACCCCAUUGUCAGCUUCCAAGAAAACAACCAGAAUGCCUUUGACAAACUCCUUACUAUUAUCAAGGAGACACUGGCUUCGUCCACCAUCGCUCUCACUCCGCAACAAACCAAAGACAAAACCAAGGAAGAGCAGAAGGAUCUGUCUUAUCAGGAGCUCUGUGAGCUGGCACAGAGGAAGUUCCUGCGGCAGAUUGUGCAGUAUGCGGAGGAGCAGGACGUCACAGCGCCGUAUCCCAGACUCUUCCUCAUCGACUUUGUCAAGGAGGAACCAUCUGCCAACCAGGAGACACCGCAGAAGGAGACGCCUGACAAGGAGACACCACGGACAGAGACACAGGCCUCUGGACAUCAUGGCAGCAAAGACUUCCUCAAACACCCUCUCUGUAUCCACAUACUCUGUGAGCAUGAUGAGGGAUGGCACAGUUGUGGGGAGCCCCUCCCCCUGGUGUUCAGCACCACCACCCUGGAGAAGUGUGUGCCCUACAUCGCCAGGAUCACUGGCAUCGCUCAGUACAGCAAGAAACUGGUCCUCAACUGUCAGGCUACAGAAGCAGGACGCGAGUUUAUCCGAUGGGUGGAGGAGAGCCCCCUGGUGGUGGACUGCUCGGACUUCGGCCAGAUCUAUCAGGACAUCAGACAAGAAGUGAUCCAAGCAGACCCAGACAGAGUCAUGGGCAAACUGGCAAGGUGCCACCUGCCCAAUGGGAAGACAGUUUGGCUGUGUGAAGAACAUCGCAACCAGAUGCGAGUGACGGUGCUGAGCGACGAGGCGGCAGUGACCUCCCACGUGCCAGGUGACCUGGGCAGGGUGGACUACAUGCUGGAGGCAAUGAAGGGGCUGGACAUGAGGCAGGUGCCUGAUGGGAUACGCAGCCUCGUGGUGGAGAAGCCAAGAAGGCCCACACAGACUGAAGGAAGCAAUGGACCAGAGGUUCCUGGUAGCAGAGAUCAGGUUGAUGGUGCUGGAGAAGACCAGAAGAAGCCCGAGGAAAGACCAUCAAGUGAUGGAUCAAACACAUCCCAGACAUCAAGUCAGCGUUCAGCUCUUAGCCAGCUCUCACAGUCCAAUAUGUCUCCUGCACUCAGGUCUCUGAAACCACGGGGGUCAGGUGGACGCCCUCGCAUCGGGAACAAGACGAAGAGUAGAGCCUGUACAGUCAUGUGACGAGGUCAUGUGACAAGGGUCAGGUGGACGUCCUCGCAUCGGAAACAAGACGAAGAGUAGAGCCUGCACAGUCAUGUGACGAGGUCAUGUGACAAGGGUCAGGUGGACGUCCUUGCAUCGGAAACAAGACGAAGAGUAGGGCCUGCACUGUCAUGUGACAAGGGUCGGGUGGACAUCCUCGCAUCAGAAAUAAGACUAUGGGUAGAGCCUGCACUGUCAUGUGACAAGGUCAUGUUACAAGGGUCAGGUGGAUUGGUCUGACUAGCCUUUGUCAUGGGACCUGUGAUUGCAUGAAAUUUUUAACCUUUUCUCCAACUACUUCUGUAAAAUCUGUCCACUACAUUUAUCCAUGGACCCUUUUGUAUUGGAGCAACAGAGGUAAAAGAUUUUGGACUUGAGUACCUGGGGAAUGAAAGUAGAGUUAUGCGCAAGUACUCUCAUUUUGAUGAGAAUGGUCAUUGAGAGAAAAACAUACAUGCAAAUGUAUUUAUCUAUUUGCAAAUCAAUUAGCACACUAACCUUUAGAAAUUGUUUUACUUUAGAUCAAAGUUCCAUAUGUGGUUAAACAUUUGAUAAAAUUAUUUACCAUUAAUGUUUAUACAAUACUGUUAAAACCAUGAGUGUUUUCACAAUAUGCCUAUAUAGGAAAAUGUGAUAGCCCACUUUAAUAAUAAUAAAUUCAAAUCAUCUUUAUUUUGAAAAUACCAAUCUUUAAAAAAAGGUUUAGUGUCUGUAUUCAGACCAGUGGACAUAUUUAAUGUAUUUAUGAUAGGGCAAAUAUUUCCCAUCACAGUUCCUGUUGAUUGUGGAUCAAGUUUGAGUGAUGUGAAACAAAAAGACACAUAUCACCAACAUGUCAAGAUAAUGGGCCUUACAUUUGGAUCUCUCCAUUGCUCACUCACAACACGACAUUUUGCAUGAAACAAGUUGCUUCAUUAUCAUAUCAUAACUGACUCCAUAUCACACGACUCCAUGUGAUUAAAUUACCGUUCCCAUCGCAAUGACAGAAAUCCUUCAUCAGUAUUUUAUUCAUGGAAGGUAACUGAUAUCAAGAUAUUUGAUAUGAAACUUAAUUCUGUGAAUAUAUUGUUUACUUUCCUGGCAAACCAGGCAACAUCUGUGAUACUACAUGUCCGAGUUCAUGUGUACAUCUGUGAUCCUUCUUGUAUAUAUACUCAGUCUACACAAGCUAAGCACAAUCAUUUGCGUAACCUUAGAAACAGUCAUGUAGAUUCUUCAUUAUUUGGAAGUAUACCUAUACCAUGAUAGAUAUUUAUACUUUUCCUGACAAAAAAUAUAUUUAUAUGAUGUAUAUGUUUAUGUUAUAUUUAUUAUUAUAUUCAUCAUUAACCUGAUCAUACUCUCUAUGUCCUAGGAGAUAUUGCUACGGUUAAAUUUCAUCACAAUCACAGGCCACUGUGAUGUCAUUGGUUACCAUGGCAUCAGAAUCAAAUGACAUCACUAAUCACUCUGCCACUGAAGCUGGUCAGCUGUACUUUUGACACUCAAGACACUGGUUAUUACUGUUUACGAACUAAAAAUGUUGAUUUCGGAUAAUAGAUACGAUAUCACUCUUAUGUCUUCAAUUUUCUGUUUAGACAUUACCCGAUAGGUGAUAUACUCUGUUUAACAUGUCAUCUGAUAUUAUUAGAUUUUUGUACCUGCCCACUUCACUAACACCCCACCAAAUCUCACCUAAUUGUAUUUUCCUCAAGUUCCUAUCGAGAUAAAAACGAUUGCUGUGAAGUUCUUAUCGUAUUAAACUCGCUUGAACAAAUACACUGUACAUGUGUUCCUACUGUCAUUGUAUAGAGGUGCCUUGAACUGAAUCAAUUUAACAAUCUGUUUAAAGUUGACUAGCACAUUUACAAAUAUCUUUGUUUGACCAGUAUGUAUAACAUUUUACAACUUUUAUUCUUUUCUCAGAUGAUAAAUUUAAAAAUAGAAACUUAUCCGUCAUGUAUGGGGUGAAAGUGCCCCGCCUAUGAAAGGAUUUGAUAUGAACAUCUCAUCUUCCCGAGGUAAAGGAGUUAACUGACUGUAAAAGUCCAGUUUCCACCCUUGCCUGACUAGGAUGGAAUUAUAGAGUUAUAUAUUGGCUGGACUUACGAGUCUAUGCAUAGUCCAAUCAAAAUCACGCAACGAAAAUCGACAUGCUGUUCGUAUACUGUCAUGCAACUUUCAGUUGAUUGCAGGAUUUGCAAAACGUGUGUGCCGCCAACUUAGCGUCAACAGAUAUUUCCAAUCUUUUCAUGCUUCUAAUGAAGGUGCUCACCUUACUUGAUCAUCGAUGAAUCGAUCGAGGGCCAGUUGUUGAC